UGUCGUCUUUUGAUGGUCUUGCAGUUUUUAAAGACAAAACUUCUCUGAACUUUUAAACGGCAAACCCUUAAAAUUUCAGAUGACUUAUUUGGCUUUGGCUCUUUUACUAGUCGUCUUGAUCCAUCAAGGAUGUUUUCAUUUCCAUGUUGAAGCAGGAGAUGGUUUCAUUAGAACUAGAGGAGUGCAUUUCUUGUUGAAUGGUAGCCCUUACUAUGCAAAUGGCUUCAAUGCUUACUGGUUGAUGUACACAGCUUCCGAUCCAUCUCAGAGACCAAAAGUUUCAGCUGCAUUUCGUGAAGCAGCUAGCCAUGGUCUCACUGUGGCCAGAACUUGGGCUUUUAGUGAUGGUGGUUACAGACCUCUACAGUACUCCCCUGGAUCCUACAAUGAACAAAUGUUUAAGGGGCUGGAUUUUGUUGUAGCUGAGGCUAGAAGUUAUGGGAUCAAGCUCAUUCUGAGCUUUGCUAACAACUAUGAUAGCUUUGGAGGGAAGAAGCAGUACGUAAACUGGGCAAGAAGUCGAGGGCAGUAUCUGUCAUCUGAUGAUGAUUUCUUCAGGCACCCCGUUGUCAAGGGUUACUACAAGAACCAUAUAAAGACUGUUCUUUAUAGAUACAAUAGCUUUACUGGAAUUCGUUACAAAGAUGAUCCAACAAUCAUGGCAUGGGAGCUUAUCAAUGAGCCUAGAUGCACAUCAGAUCCUUCUGGAAGGACUAUUCAGGCUUGGAUAGCAGAAAUGGCUUCCUUUGUGAAGUCAAUUGACAGAAAUCACUUGCUGGAAGCUGGGUUAGAAGGAUUUUAUGGACCUUCAACACCACAGAGGAACAGUCUCAAUCCUGGUUUGAAGAUAGGAACAGACUUCAUAGCAAAUAACCGCAUCACUGGAAUUGAUUUUGCAACAGUCCAUGCAUAUCCUGAUCAAUGGUUAUCCAGCUCUAAUGAUCAAAACCAGCUUUCUUUCUUGAACAAUUGGCUGGAUACCCACAUACAAGAUGCACAAAACAUUCUUCGAAAACCAAUUCUUAUUGCAGAAUUUGGAAAAUCUUGGAAAAACCCUGGUUUCAGCACAUACCAGAGAGACCUAUUGUUCAAUACCGUGUACUACAAGAUAUACUCAUCGGCUAAAAGAGGAGGUGCAGCUGCUGGAGGCCUGUUUUGGCAACUUUUAACUGAAGGAAUGGACAAUUUCCACGAUGGUUAUGAGAUAAUCUUGGGGCAACCUUCCUCAACUGCAAAUGUGAUAGCUCAACAGGCACACAAGCUUUAUCAAAUUCAAAAGAUUUUUUUGAGGAUGAGAAACGUGGAGAGGUGGAAGAGGGCACGAGCCGCUAGGGCUAGGAGGGCUCAUUGGCGGCGUGGAAAUGGAGGCAAGCGAAUAGGAAACUGAAAGGAUCGUGCCUUUCAUGUGUGAAAACGUUUUGUGCCGAAGUACAAGCUGUUGUGUUUUGAGUGUAAUCACAGUAAGGUUCUGUGGAAAUGGCUCCUCUCUUAGAGAUGAGUGUUUUCGUCCAGGAGAGUAAUCAAGUCAAACACAGUAGUAGUAUUAUUAUACGAGAGCAACUUCUCAGUCUCUAUAUUUUGAUUCUUAAGACUUUAUUUUCAUGGAAGGUAUUGCCAAGACAGGCCUGAUCAGGUCCAGUUA